UUUAGGCUGCGCCCGGAGCUCGUCCCCAUCCGGGACGCGUUUCCGCCGCCGCCGCCUUGGCCCGGCCCCCGCGCACCGCGGCUAUAAGGCUUGGGCGGGACGGCCGCGGCCCGCAUAGCCGUCCCCGCCCGCCUGUGCCCCACUAGUUGCUCACCGGUGUCCGAAACCGCGUCAGCCCCGGGUCCCGGCCAUGGCGCUGAGCGAGCCCAUCCUGCCGUCCUUCUCCACUUUCGCCAGCCCGUGUCGCGAGCGCGGCCUGCAGGAGCGCUGGCCGCGCGCAGAGCCCGAGACGGGCGGCACCGACGAGGACCUCAACAGUGUCCUGGACUUCAUCCUGUCCAUGGGUCUAGACGGUCUUGGCUCGGAGGCCACCGCGGAGCCCCCGCCUCCGCCCCCGCCGCCAGCGUUCUACUACCCUGAGCCCGGUGCGCCGCCUCCUUACGGCGCCUCCGCGAGCGGCCUCGUGUCCGAGCUGCUGCCGCCGGAGCUAGAGGUGCCCCCGGGGCCGGCGCUGCACGGCCGCUUCCUGCUGGCGCCACCUGGCCGCUUGGUGAAGGCCGAGCCCCCCGAGGCGGACGGCGGCGGCGGCUACGGCUGCGCGCCCGGCCUGGCCCGCGGGCCGAGAGGCCUCAAGCGCGAGGGCGCCCAGGGCCAGGCCCUCGCGUGCCUGCGAGGCCCCGGGGGCCGCCCUCCGCCGCCGCCGGACACGCCGCCGCUCAGCCCCGACGGCCCGGCGCGCCUGCCUGCUCCUGGCCCGCGCGCCCCCUUCCCGCCGCCCUUCGGCGGCCCCGGCUUCGGAGCUCCGGCGCCGGGUCUGCACUACGCACCGCCCGCGCCCGCUGCCUUCGGUCUCUUCGACGACGCGGCCGCCGCAGCCGCCGCUCUGGGGUUGGCGCCGCCCGCCGCCCGAGGUCUCCUCACGCCGCCCGCGUCUCCGCUCGAGCUGCUGGAGGCCAAGCCUAAGCGCGGCCGCCGCUCCUGGCCCCGCAAGCGCACCGCCACUCACACCUGCAGCUACGCGGGCUGCGGCAAGACCUACACCAAGAGCUCGCACCUCAAGGCGCACCUUCGCACACACACAGGCGAGAAGCCCUACCACUGCAACUGGGACGGUUGCGGCUGGAAGUUCGCGCGCUCGGAUGAACUCACCCGCCACUACCGCAAGCACACGGGCCACCGGCCUUUCCAGUGCCACCUUUGCGACCGCGCCUUCUCGCGCUCUGACCACCUGGCGCUGCAUAUGAAGCGGCACAUGUAGCCUGGACGCCUCUGCCCACUCGCGCGCGUCCGUGGCGGGUCCCACGCGCCGGGCACGGUCCCCUCAAACUGUGACUGGUAUUUAUUGGGCCUAAAGGACCCGGCCGGGCACUGUGUGGCCACCGAGGAGGCUCCGACGAUGACGACGAUGCCACCGCCCUGGCCCCCGUCAGAGACUGAAGACCCGGCUGGAGAAGACCACGAUCCUCCUUGACGAGUUUUGUUUUCAAAAUGGUGCAAUAAUUAAGUGUGGUCUUCCGCCCACCGGGUCUACACUAGAGGAUCGAGGCUUGAUGCCUUGUGAAAAAAAUACAGCCUUAAUUUGUACUGUUUGCAACUUUUUUUUUAUAAUAUUGUACAUAGUGACUGUGACAGAUAUUGUAUUAUUGUAAAUAAGGAGACAGGCGGGCAUUUGCUGCCUGGUUCAUUUUUUAUAAGACUUUUGCUGUUUUUUUUAAUUAAAAAAGUUUUGCAUCUUUUUAAAAAAUCA